UUUUUUAAUUGAAGAAGAAGAAGAUGUGAAAACAGAGGACGAGGCUCCUUCUGUUGUGCCCUGGAAGAUGAACCUUUGGAGUAGGAAGAGGAAGCGCCAAGAUCACCAUAGAAAGCCCAAGAAAACCACAAAGAAAUCAAAAUCUAUAACAAAACGUCAAAAGCAGAAUCAAGUUGUAGCAGUUCCCGAUCGGAGUAACAAGAAAUUGGUAAAACACACAGUGGCAAUAUGGUCUGCAGGGAGGUACAAGGCUGCAGAGGAAAACAUGCUGAGGGUGAUGAAGGCCAAGGGUGCUAAAUUUGGGAGCCCAAUACUGAGGCCAGCGCUGAGGUCUGAGGCAAGGAAGCUGAUUGGGGAUACGGGUUUGUUGGACCAUUUGCUCAAACACAUGGCGGGCAAGGUGGUGCCAGGUGGAGCCGAGAGGUUUAUGCGGCGCCACAAUGCAGAUGGAGCCAUGGAGUAUUGGCUGGAGAGAUUCAUGAGCUCAGGGAAGAGAUAACCAAGAUAAAAAAAUGAACAAUAAACCCUGUUAAUGUCAUUCAUCUUUGAUGUCCUCUUUGUUUAAUGUAUAAUGUGUAUGUGAGUUCCUUAAUCUAGCUCUCUACUUUUCUAAUUUUUUUUUUUGGGCAAAUUAAUCUAG